CUGAUUUGCCACUGUUAUGCGGAGAGAACAUAUCAUGCACUAAUGGGGUGUUCAUCUCUUGUGUCUAUCUAUGAAGAGUGCACUUUCCAGGUCUCACUUUCGUUUCCUCCCUCCAUAGGCUUUUAUGAAGUUAUCCUUGAAUUUAUGAGCAUAUCUUCUAAGUUUGAGGUGGAGCAGUUUUGUGUAUUGAUAUGGAGGAUUUGUCAAAGAAGGAAUCAGUUUGAUCAUGACAAAGUCUCAUGGAAAGAGUCUAUGACUGAAUUGGGCUGUGAACUAUUUGGACAAGUUUCAGCAAGUUUCCCCCAGUCCUGAGCCCCCCAGGCUAUGUGGAACCCGCCGCCGAAUGAUUGUAUUAAGGUCAAUGUGGACGUGGGGAUUCGGAAGGAAAAUGGUGUGGUGGGGUGUGGCAUUGCUCAUGACUCAAUAGGCAAGGUUGGUGCCUUACUCAGUCGAAGGUUGGGCUUUAGUUCUGUGAUAUUUGAAUCUGAUUGUGCUCGUGUUGUCCAAGCAUGGGUGAAUAAACAGGAUUGUUACUCUUCUUUUGGGCUGGUGAUGAAUGAUGUUUAUAGAGUCUGUACUGAUUUCAAUUAUGUGAGAGUAGUUCUUUGUCCUAGAAAUGCCAAUGCAGUGACUCAUUCGUUGGCCAAGUUGUCAGUCUCUUUAGAAGAUGCUACUGUUUGGUGGCCAGGAUUUCCUGAGUGUCAACUCUAUUGUUAUUGCUGAUUAUCAGUGUUGAUUCAAUGAAGUUUUUAGUCCAUGAAAAAAAAAAAGAAUUAGGGGUGACUAAAUCAUGUGGGCUAUGCUCAAUUUGGACCGCUAAAAAACAUUCAUUUGAGUUAGAUCUCUUUCCUACUACUCAUGAUCUAAUCUAACCCUUUUAAAAAAAAAAAAAAAAAAAAUUGCCCCAACAGUCAAUAGAGAAGAUAAAACAAAAGACAAUUGUCAUUUUAGAUCUUUGUCUCUGCCUUUCAUAUAUAAUUACAUAGCAAAGUUUUGAUAGAUAGAUAGAUACACCAUGUGCUUUUUAAUUGAUCCACCUGCAAACGACAAAGGUUACUGCCAUUUUUUAACUAAACUAUAAUAUUACAUCUUGUCAAUUUGUAGAUUGGAGCAUCAAAUUGGAGCAAGAGAAGUAUAGAUAUAAUAUAAAUAUUAGAAUACGUUACAUUUUCAAAGAGUUUAAGAGAAGUGUCAGAAAGAGGAAUUGUAGACCAAACUUAGGAGUUGAAAAGUGACCUUUUUGUUGGAGAAUUGAACACCCUCCAAGUGGGUUUUCCGAUUAUUUCCAAGUUGAUGAAAGCCAAUUUUAAGAUACAUUUGGUCUGAAUCUUUCUCUUUUAACACACUUAUAUAUAUGUGUGUGUGUGUGUGUGUGUGUGGAGAUACCCAGAUAAUUAACUGAAGGUUAUAUAGAGAAAGCAGACAUGGCUGCCAAAGAGGAGGAGACAAGAGAGCCACUCAUGGCUGUUGAAGAUGGAUCAGCUGACCAUGAAAGUAGCAGAGACCACCCAUGGAUGGUUUACUUUAGCACUUUUGUUGCAGUUUGUGGUUCCUAUGAAUUUGGAACCUGUGCGGGUUAUUCAUCACCAACCCAGACUGCUAUAAGGAAGGAUCUCAACUUAUCUUUAGACGAGUAUUCUCUAUUUGGCUCCAUAUUGACUUCUGGUGCUAUGAUUGGUGCAAUCACAAGCGGUCCAAUUGCUGAUUGUGUUGGUCGAAAAUGGGCAAUGAGAGUUUAUACUGCCUUCUGUGUUGCAGGGUGGCUUUGCAUUUACUUUGCUCAGGGAGUUCUACCUUUGAAUCUUGGAAGACUUGCAACUGGAUAUGGAAUGGGAGCCUUUUCCUAUGUGGUACCUAUUUUCAUAGCUGAAAUCGCACCCAAGAAUCUUCGAGGAUCACUAACUGCUGCAAACCAGUUCAUGAUCUGUGGUGGAGUAUCAGUUUCCUUCAUCAUUGGCAAUGUAUUAUCAUGGAGGACAUUAGCAUUAGUUGGUCUUAUUCCAUGCGCUGUUUUGCUUUUUGGUCUCUUUUUCAUUCCGGAGUCUCCUAGAUGGCUGGCAAAGACAGGACGUCAUAAAGACUUUGAAGUCUCAUUGCAGAAACUUCGCGGUAAGAAUGCCAACAUAUCUCAGGAGGCGGCCGAAAUUCAGGAUUAUAUCACAACUCUUGAAAACCUUCCAAAGGCCAAAAUCUUGGACUUGUUCCAAAAGAGAUACCAGCGAUCUGUCACUAUAGGAAUUGGGUUGAUGGUUUGUCAGCAAUUUGGUGGGAUUAAUGGAGUUUGUUUCUACACUAGCAGCAUUUUUGAGUCAGCAGGAUUCUCAGCCAGCCUUGGAACUACAAUAUAUGCUAUUCUUCAGAUUGUGGUUACUGGACUUGGGGCAGUAGUGGUUGACAAAUUAGGAAGAAAACCUCUGUUAUUGAUUUCGGGAUCAGGAUUGGUACUUGGCUGCAUUCUUCCUGCUUUUUCAUUCUACUUUAAGGUUCACGAAUUGGCACUCAAAGCAGUUCCCAUUCUUGCUGUUACUGGCAUACUGGUUUACAUUGGAUCAUUCUCAAUUGGAAUGGGAGCAGUUCCUUGGGUUGUGAUGUCUGAGAUUUUUCCUAUAAAUAUCAAAGGGCAAGCUGGAAGCUUAGCAACAUUGGUGAAUUGGUUUGGUGCAUGGUUGUGUUCCUACAGCUUUAACUUUCUAAUGUCCUGGAGCUCCUAUGGUACCUUCAUUCUCUAUGGAGCAAUUAAUGUUCUGGGUAUAUUGUUCAUCAUCAUAGUGGUGCCAGAAACAAAGGGGAAAACAUUGGAACAAAUCCAAGAAGCCAUUAACGUGUAGAUAUUUAAGAAAUCGUAUAUUUUUAGUAAUAAAAAAAAGUACUAUUUUUGUGGGGAUUUUUCA